AUGAAUUUGUCAGAUGAAGCGAUUUUAGGCAAGAUUAUGGACAUGGACAAGUCGAGAAGUGUACUUAGACGCAAGCUACAAGAGGUGAAAGACAAGUACGCAUUCGAGAAAAAGGAACUUGAAUUAACAGAACCAACGGUUAAACUAUUAAAUGAUCUGAAUGAAAAGGCAAUGGCGCAGCUACACGCAAGCGAUGAAUCAUCUGAAGUGGUCGCUGAAAGAUUCAAAGAAGAACACAAGGAAGAAUUCGAUAAGAUCCAUGAAGAUACAGCAGCACUUGAUAAGCUCAAUGCAAUCGACUAUGCAAUGUACCAAGAAAUUCACGCUAUUAUCAAGGAAGAAGAAAAAGCCAAGAGACUUGAUAUGUUCAAGAGAUUUGGAAUAUUGGAGCAAACAAUUACUGAUUAG